AUGCCUUAUGAAUCUAGAACCUCGUUUGCUCGUAGCACUGGUUCUAAUUCUAAUCGUGACGACGGUAAUGAUGGCGAUUACGGUUCUAACGGAGAUGAUAAGCCUAAACCACAAUUUAAAGAUGAGUGUUUCAGAAAGAUGGAAUUAAUGAUUGAAUUCACGAAUCUUCGUAACCCAAAACAUUGUCCAAACGGUAUUUAUGUUAUGCCUUCUGCAGAUAAUUUUCAUACUUGGUAUGGAGUUUUAUUUGUUCAUAAAGGAUAUUAUAAAAAUGGACGUCCACCAGCAGUGACAUUUAUUUUUACCCUGAUCAAUAAUAUUGAUGGUUUGUUCCAUCCUCUUAUUGAUCCAAACACUGGGAGUUUCUCUCUUUCUCAACAAUUCAAGGACUGGGUUCCGCAUAAAUAUUAUAUUUUCCAUGUGCUUCAUUAUAUUAAGAAAUCUUUUAAGAAGACCGUCUUGGAUAAUUUGCUGGAAAAGCAUUGUCCGAAUAAGAAAGCUUUCUCUACAUAUCAUAAUGAGAUACGAACGUUUUCAGUAUUGGCAAAGCAAUGCGCUGACUUAUCAAUUUCAAAGACUGUCCUUUACGAUAACAAUAUAGAAGCCAAUCCAAUUCAAUUCUCUGUCUUACCAGAUGAAAAACUAGAUGAAUUGAAGACCUUUAUCAGUCCACCGGAAACCGAAAAAGGAAGGCCUAGCCACUCAUCUCGCAGGACUUAUUCUACGUCUUCAAUGUCCUCUAUUUUGCAUCCAUAG